AUGCGGGAAGCUCUGCAAACCCUUGGCUUCGUACACACUUAUCAUACCAUGGACGCCGCGUUUAUUAACACACGCGACUGCAAGACUUGGUUGCAAUGGCUCAGAGCUAAACAUGACGGUAUUGGCCGCGUCCCUGGCCGUGCCGACUUUGAUCGGCUCCUCGGGAAUUGCCAGGCUGUCUGCGAUAUGCCCGCAGCGUACUUUGCAGAGGAGCUCGUACAGGCUUACCCCGAUGCAAAGGUGAUUUUGACGAUUCGAGAUGUCGAUAAGUGGCACAAGUCAGUCGAAAAUACACUAGAGGUAGUAGACACCAGCUACCUCUGGUCCAUGGUGGGCAUCUUCGCACGACUGCUCCGGAUGCCUAACCGUUGGAACUGGCGUAUGUUUCAAAAGAUACACGAGAUUCUGUACGACCACGACUUUCCCAAAAACGGCCGGCAGAGCUUCGAGGAUCACUAUAAUAAGGUUAGAUCCCUUGUCCCCUCUGGUCGCCUUUUGGAAUACCAUGUUAGCGAGGGUUGGGAGCCUCUCUGCAAGUUCCUGGACAAGCCCGUCCCUUCGGAAGACACUCCAUUCAUCAACCAGAGCGCAGAGAUCAAUGCAAAGCUAAGCCACAUGUUUUGGGUGAAUUUGAAGGCACAAUCAAAGAGGUUGUUGGAUAUUUGCGCGUAUACCAGCCUUCUUUGGGCUGUCGUGGCUUUUGUGCAAACUCGUUCUGUUUGGGUCGAAGAAGCUGACACUGUUUCCGAUUUUAUUUCUCAGAUUGUUACUAAACCCUUCAUCUCUCUUCAAUCAAACUCUGAACUUCAUAUCAAGAUGGAAUACUUCCAAUCGGAUAAGUUCCACAGCAGGGUGGAACAUAUAAUGAAGAAACGCCAUAUACCAGGAGCUGCAGUGGCUAUCAUCCAAGGCGAUGUAGUGCAUUCUCGUGGAUUUGGACUUGCUAGACUGAAUCCUCCAGCACCUUGUACACCGGAUACACUGUUCGACAUUGCUUCAUCAUCCAAGAGUAUGACAGCUGGCGCUGUAGCUGUUCUCGUGGAAGAUCUGAAUUACCCAGAGGUUACAUGGACUGCACCGGUAUCAGAGCUAUUACCAGAUGAUUUCGUUCUCCAGAGCGAUGAACAUACUAAGAAUGUUACUGUUGAGGAUAUUCUAUCCCAUCGAACGGGAGUCCCUCCCCACGAUGUGUCAUAUCUAGGUCCACGCGCUAAAAUUCCAGAUACGCCAAAGUCAGUAACACGUAACCUCCGGAACCUCAAGGUCUCCCACCCGCUACGGACAAAAUACAUGUACAACAAUACCAUGUAUACAGUUGCAACCCAUCUUAUCGAAGAGAUGACAAAGACUACAUUCCCAAUGUAUCUAAAAACGAAAUUCUUUGAACCGCUUCAAAUGAACUCCACAAACAUACAGCCUUCAGCAGCUAUAGCCAACGGUCUUGGUGAACGCCUCGCCAAGGCCUACGUCUGGCGACCGGAUCUGAACGAGCUCGUCGAAAUUGACAUGCCAGAAGCCCCCGAAGCCCAAGGCGCUGGAAGCGUAGUAACAUGUGUAAAUGACUACAUCAAAUGGGUUCGAGCAGCGAUGUACCACAAAGAGACUGUUACGGAAGCCGUCUCCAAAGCAAUGAUCAAGCAGAGAAUGAUACAAUAUCCAAACUACGAGUUCGCACUGCCCUACACAUCGACCAUGAUAUGCUGUAGUGGCUGGAACUCGUUCCAUUACCGUGGCCGCCUGCUAGUAUCACAUGCUGGCGAGAUUGAUGGGAUUGGGACAUAUCACUUCUUUAUGCCAGAUCAGAAGUUUGGGGGGUGCAUAUUCACAAAUGGCACCUUUGGGCGACACCUUGGGUAUACCAUUGCCUUUGAACUAAUUGACAGUCUACUUGAAGUUUCAGAAAAAGAGUUUGUUGACUGGGAUGAAGCGGUUCAUAAAAGAGAAGGCACUGACGCGGACUACGAGGCGCCCGAUUUUGACGCCAUUGGCAAAUCGCUGUACCCUGAGCUUACAACUCGCGAGCCAAAUACGCUCCCACUCGAUGUCUAUGUGGGAAAUUACGCAAACAAGGGGUAUCAUACUGUUACUGUUGAAAUUAAAGAUGGCGGCCUCUUUAUAGAUGGAUCUGAUCGUUCGUUGGGAUUCAAGCUGGCAAUCUUUCACGUUUCGGGGCAAACCAUGUUUGGGGGUCAUCUACACAUGUGCGACCAGUUCGGCGGUGCACCCAUUUCGUUUGAACAGGUUCAGUUCAAAUUGAAUGAUGCCAGCGCAGUCGUUUCCAUUGGCAUUGCGUUAGAACCAGCAUUAGACGAUGAGUUGAUAUGGUUCGACAAGGUAUGA